GCGCCGUGGCCGCAGAGCAGCUGACGCCCCUUCCUCGUCCUCACCCUCCACGUGCUGCUCAGAGAUUUAAAGGGAUCUCGGCAUUCCAGCCAGGCGCCCGGGAUCUUAGAGGCACUUUGCGUCGCCGAGUUUUUAUUUCAGUAUUCUGGGGGUUUUGUUUGACGUCAGAAGAGGAGAGAAAGUUUUUGCGCGCGAGGAUGAUGGCGUGCGGGCGCGUGUUGGCGUGCGCGCUCUACGACAACGAGGCGGAGUCUCCCGACGAGCUGCACUUCCGGAAGGGCGACGUGCUGGAGGUGGUGGCGCGCGACGGCGCCGCCCUGCCCGGCUGGUGGCUCUGCUCGCUGCACGGCCACCGGGGACUCGUGCCGGCCAACCGCCUCGCCCUGCUGGCCCCGUCCUGCGGCGGCUCGUCCCCGCCCGGCCCGAGCUUCCCCGCGUCCGCCGCCAUCGCGGCGCCCUGCGCGUCGUCGCCGUCGCGCUCGUCGCCGUCGCGCUCGCCGCGCUCGCCAUGCGGUUGUCUCGGCGCCGGCCCCGCGCCGGUCCGGGGCUCGGGCCUCGGGGCCCGGGGCAACAACUCCCCGAGCCCGCGGCCGCACGGCGACGCCGGCCUGGGGACGCCCGCCGCGUGGAACGACGGCGCCGGCUUCGCUCGCCUCGCCGGGAAGCACUCGCACUAUGAGGUGCCCCCAGGCGCCGUGCGAGCGCAGAGCCUCGCCUCGUCACACAUGUACGACGUCGCCUCGUCACGCAUGUAUGACGUCCCCUCGUCAGCGCUGCACUGGACGCACCACUGCCCUGCCGAGAGUGACUACGACGUGCCCAAGUCCGCGAGGACGGCGGCGUGCGGCGACCGCGCCGAGUACGACGUCCCCAAGCCCGCCGCGGCCGUGGCGGCGAUGAUGGCGGCGGCAGGGAACCACGGCGGCGCCGGCGGCUGCUGCUGCCGGCCGGACGCCGACUACGACGUCCCCGUGCCGAGCCGCUGGCCCGACGGGGCGGCGCGCGUGGCCGCGGCGGGGACGUGCGCCGCCGCCGCCUCCGUGCCGCUUCUCCGGCGGGCUCUACGACAGCCCCAGGGCCGGGCGACGGUGCCCCGGCGCGGGCGGCUUCGAGAACGGGCACGGCGCGGGCGGCGGUGGCGGCAGGGCGGCUGCGGGCUACGUGUACGACAUUCCGCCCCAGGUGAGCAGAGACGGCCCGGCACGUGACCGCUUCCCCUGCACGGAAAUCUCUCGGCUCUCUCUCCCGGUCGCCACCACCACCGCCACCAGCGCGAUCGGCACCACCGCCAGCCCCACGAUCACCGCAAGUUCGGGCCGCGACUCUGGCCUCGGC